UGGACCGACGCGGCUUCUGUAUCCGGGGAACAUUAAACAAAGCCAGCAUUCGAGAGAUAGGGUAGAGUCACCCAGCAUGCCUUAAAGAGAUGGGUGAACUCGACGAGCAUCCUCGAUAAGUUGUUUCACACUUGCAUCACACACAUCUACUUUGGUCUUCAAGAUCCUGGACGACAGUAUGGCAGCGGCCCCUGUUCCUGCUGCGGAUGCUAAGGCCAUGUUGCUAUCUACCAGAACCCAUUCAAAAUCGAGUCAAGGCAGCAUUUCGCAACUGGUGGUUUCUUCCCCCUCCUCUUCGGACUGCAAAUACAGAAGCAAAUGUCCUCCCCGGCACUUGGGUCGCGAUAAAGUCACCAAACGAAGUCAUGGCCGUAGGUAGCGAAGGGGUGAUUCACCUCUGGUGCCGGAUCAAGCCGAACACAUCGAAGAUCUUGGAACGUGUCAUUGUCAAACAACUCGUUUGGCAAUGCCUCAGAAACGACCCUACCCACAGACCCAGAGUCCAGCAAUUGGAGGCCUUCAUUAGGACUUACGCAAAAUUCAAAGGAACGAAGGCAGGGUUGGCUCGUGGUGCUCGGAUUCCGACACAAUUGAAAAAGUACAAGAUAGCCCAGAGGCGGUACGAUAGAUUGCAGAUUGGGCGCGGCGGACCUUGAGGAAGUAGUAGAAGCGUAAUCAGUGCGGGUGGUCUAUCCCCUAGCAAUCUAGCUGCUUUGUAAUAGACAUUUACGUAUGCUGCUUGAAGCAGAUAUUUGAUGUCGAGGGCAGAGAGUCUUCAUCCCUGUGCUCUCGGCAUCAUGCUAUGGACGAGAUGCACACCCGAGAUAGUAGAGAGGCAUCGAAAAGAACAAUUUAUAAUGCAGCGGGGCGACGGCGACAAUGGAUCUCGUG